UCCUUGUUUACCUCCUCUUAAAACCCUCACUUUUCUUAUCCUCUCCUUUCACUUCUCUACUCACUUCCCUCCUCUCUCUCUCUCCCCCUUACCUUCCCGCAAACCCUAAUUCUCUCUCCCAAAUCUCCAUUUUCAGACCUGAUUACACCUUCUCAAUAAAAAAUGGCGUCUUCAGCAACGCAUAUUCAUGUUCUUGGCCCCACCCCCUUUACACCCUCAUCUUCCAAAUUCUCUUCUUCAAGGCCAAAUUCAUUCUUCUUCGGCCAGAAGAUGAGCCCUAGCACAGCCUCUUUUGGCACCCCUAAAUCGGCGUUUUUGAGACUAAGGAAGAGCUCCGGAGGUCGUCGUCGGAGCGCCGGCGUUGGUCCGGUCAGGGUUGUUGCAGAGAAGGUUGUAGGAAUUGACCUUGGUACAACGAAUUCCGCUGUUGCUGCUAUGGAAGGUGGGAAGCCGACAAUUGUGACUAACGCCGAGGGUCAGCGCACGACGCCGUCGGUGGUGGCGUAUACGAAGAAUGGAGAGAGAUUGGUGGGGCAGAUUGCGAAGCGGCAGGCGGUCGUUAAUCCCGAGAAUACGUUCUUUUCGGUGAAGAGGUUUAUUGGGAGGAAGAUGUCGGAGGUUGAUGAGGAGUCGAAGCAGGUGAGCUAUAGGGUUGUUAGGGAUGACAAUGGUAAUGUCAAACUUGAAUGCCCUGCUAUUGGUAAGCAGUUUGCUGCUGAAGAGAUCUCUGCUCAGGUGUUGAGAAAGCUUGUGGAUGAUGCUUCAAAAUUUUUGAAUGACCAAGUAACCAAGGCUGUUGUCACUGUGCCUGCUUACUUCAAUGAUUCACAAAGGACCGCAACAAAGGAUGCCGGGCGCAUUGCUGGAUUAGAAGUUCUUAGAAUUAUUAAUGAGCCUACUGCUGCCUCUUUGGCUUAUGGUUUUGAGAAGAAGAACAAUGAGACCAUUUUGGUUUUUGACCUUGGAGGUGGUACAUUUGAUGUUUCAGUCCUUGAGGUUGGUGAUGGAGUGUUUGAAGUACUAUCAACCUCUGGAGAUACACAUUUGGGUGGUGAUGAUUUUGACAAGAGAAUUGUUGAUUGGCUAGCUGGAAACUUUAAAAGAGAUGAAGGUAUUGACCUUUUAAAGGACAAGCAAGCUCUACAGCGUCUAACUGAGACAGCAGAGAAAGCCAAGAUGGAAUUAUCAUCUUUAACUCAGGCAAACAUUAGCUUGCCGUUUAUCACUGCCACUGCUGAUGGACCUAAGCACAUUGAGACCACUUUGACAAGGGCCAAGUUUGAGGAGCUGUGUUCAGAUCUUCUAGACAGAUUGAGAACACCAGUAGAGAAUUCACUGAGAGAUGCAAAACUCUCCUUCAGUGAUUUAGAUGAAGUGAUCUUAGUGGGUGGAUCAACACGUAUCCCAGCUGUUAUAGAGUUGGUAAAGAAGAUGACUGGAAAGGACCCUAAUGUGACAGUUAACCCUGAUGAAGUUGUUGCUCUUGGAGCUGCAGUGCAGGCUGGCGUCCUUGCUGGAGAUGUAAGCGACAUUGUACUUUUGGAUGUUACACCACUAUCUAUUGGUCUUGAAACCCUUGGUGGAGUAAUGACCAAGAUUAUCCCCCGAAACACAACCCUGCCCACAUCUAAGUCAGAAGUCUUCUCAACAGCUGCUGAUGGACAGACAAGUGUUGAGAUUAAUGUCCUUCAGGGAGAACGUGAGUUUGUAAGAGAUAACAAAUCUCUUGGUAGCUUCCGUCUAGAUGGUAUUCCACCAGCUCCUCGAGGUGUUCCUCAGAUUGAAGUCAAAUUUGACAUUGAUGCCAAUGGAAUUCUCUCUGUUACUGCCAUUGACAAGGGAACAGGAAAGAAGCAAGACAUAACAAUUACCGGAGCGAGUACGCUGCCCAGUGAUGAGGUAGAGAGAAUGGUUAGUGAGGCUGAGAAAUUUUCCAAGGAAGACAAGGAAAAGAGAGAUGCCAUUGACACAAAGAACCAGGCUGAUUCUGUUGUCUACCAGACAGAGAAGCAGUUGAAGGAACUUGGCGAAAAGGUUCCUGCCCCUGUUAAAGAAAAGGUAGAAGCUAAACUGGGAGAGCUAAAGGAUGCUAUCUCUGGGGGUGAAACUCAAGCAAUUAAGGAUGCAAUGGCUGCUCUUAACCAGGAAGUAAUGCAACUUGGCCAGUCCCUUUACAACCAGCCUGGUGCAGGAGGAGCACCAGGUACAGACCCAACUCCUGAAGCUGAGUCCGGCCCCUCAGAUUCAACUGGCAAGGGACCUGAAGGAGAUGUCAUUGAUGCUGACUUCACAGACAGCAAGUAAGCUUGUGAAAUUUGUCAUACGGGUUAAACCUUUUUCAACGGCUGUGUAUAAGGUUUUGUUAGGCAGCAGAAGCCUGUGUUUGGUUCCUGGUUACAUUAUUAGUUCUGAGGAGAGAAGUUGGUAGGCGAAGAUAGUUGUCAAGGCUCCUUUACAAAUUUUGCCAUGAUCUUGUUGCAUAUUUUGAAGCUUAUAGAACCUGGGUGAUUCAUGUAAUCAGAAUAUGAGAUCAAUAAUAGGCCUAGUAGAAGUUGAUUGAUGAUUCUUUUGCUGAUUGUUAGUUCUCGGAUACUAAAAUGACACGUCUUCUCAUUGGCACUCUUAAGCUUAAUCCUCAAAUAACUUGAAUUAAUGUAUCAAUGGUAUGUGGGUUAUGCGAGUAUUUCACA